GACACAAACACAAGCAGAGAUCCAAAUCCUCUUAUGCACACCUAAAAUAAUCUUCCCAGGUGUCAUCAGUGUGUGUGUGUUUACCUCUUCACAAAAAUAAAGCGAAACAGCGAGCAAGUUAUUUUUCCCUUUUUUAAUUGGACGCUGCUGACACAUCUGGAGCAGAAGAUAUUUUUCAUAUCCCUACCGUUGUACCGCUAACACAGCUCCUGUGUUUACCCAACAACAGACAACCACGUUCGACCUGACCAUCUGUGUAUGUGCGUGUCUGUGUGUGUGUGUGCGUUUGUGUGUGCGUCUCCAGCUGAACUUGCUUCGUUCCCAGAGCACUGGCACCAACCAGCGCCUGAUGGCGGUGGCGGCGGAGCUGUCCAUGAGGCAGGCCCAGGCCCUGGCCCUGGAGCAGGAGGUCAGGGAGAGGAAAGAGCAGGUGGAGGAGUGUGAGCGCCGUCUGGCGCAGGGUGUCUCCCCCGGCCUGGAGGUGGAGGAGGAGUGGAGGAGGCUGCUCAGAGACAGGAGGAGGAGGCAGAAGGAGGCACAGGAGAGAGAGGAGCGUGAGGGGGAGGAGGCGUGGAACCAGCUGCCCGGCGGCGUGUUCACCACGGCCGAGCCGCGGCCCAACGCCUACAUCCCCAGCCAGGGCCGCCUGCCGCUGCCCAGACCCUACGGAGCCCCGGGGCCCUUCAAGCCCACGGAGCCCGGGGCUAACAUGAGGCACAUCCGCAAGCCCAGAUUCAAGCCCUUAGAGAAAUAGAGGCAGACAGACGGACCGACGGACCGACCGACACACAGACAUACAGACUGACGGACGGACGGACGGACAGACACACAGACAGACGGACGGACGGACACACAGACAGACGGACAGAUGGACACACAGACAGACGGACCCACAGACAUACUGACUGACAGACAGAUGGACACAUAGACAGACAGACAGACAAGGGGAGAUGGACCGGGAGAGACACACAGAUGGACAGACACAGGGAAAGACAGACGGACAGGCCGACAGACACAGAGAGAGACACAGACAGAAGCAGAGACAGACAGACAGACAAAGAGACUCAGACAGGCGGACAGACAAAGAGACACAGACAGACAAAGAGACUCAGACAGACAGACAGACAGACAGACAGACAGACAGACAGACAGACAGACAGACAGACAGACAGACAGACAGACAGACAGAUACAGACGGAUGGAUAUCCUGAGCUUAUAAACGAAAGCUCAAAAGUACCAAAGAAUGUUCCUUCGACGGUUACUCAGACUGCUCUCACUACUACAUUUCAAGAUGUGUAACACAAUCUGUACCGUAUUACACUCAUAAUAAAAUAUUAAACUCUUAAA